GAUUUGACUUAUAAAACGCAAUAUGAACUCAAUGCUAGUGCAUUAUCUAAAAUAUACAUGAAAGUUGUGAGAACGCAUUACGCCAAAGAUUGCGCGUACAUAUUGAAUUUGACUUACCCUAUACAUAAAAAUAGGUAAUUUAACAACGGAAAAGAAGAAAUAUAAUAAUGGUCGAAAGAGAGCUGAGCGAAGAACAGAUUAAAGAACUUGAAGAAGCAUUUCUCCUGUUUGACGCAGAUGGCUCAGGUACCAUAUCGAUUGAUGAGUUGGAAGUGGUGAUGAAUUCUUUGGGACAGCGGUCAACUGAUGAAGAACUAAAGAGGAUGAUAGCCGAGGCUGACGCAGACGGUAAUGGAGAAGUUGAUUUUCAGGAAUUUCUCACGUUAAUGAAAAAACAAAUGAGAAAAAUCGAUCCCGAAGACGAACUUAAAGAACUGUUUCAAGUCUUCGAUAUGAAUAGUGAUGGAAAAAUAAGUGCAAAUGAAGUUCAAACGGUGAUGUCAAAACAAGGCGAGAGGAUUAACAAUGAAGAGUUAAAAGAGAUUAUCAGAGAAGCAGACUUGGAUGGUGAUGGUUACAUUGAUUAUCAUGAAUUCAAGUUGUUCAUUAGCAAUCUGGAGAAGAAUCCAGAAGGCCCUCCUGGCUAUUUGCUUGUGCAAAAGUGAAAAUGCAAUGGGAAAUAUGUGCGAGAAAAUAAAUGCUCAGAAUAAAGAACAACAUGUGUAGAAAACAAAAAUAUUGCAUGUAUUCCUGAUCAAACUUAAUGGAUAAGGAAUUUAGAAGAUUAUGCAUUAUUUGUAGAUGUAUAAAUACAGUAGAUAUAAAUAUAGAUAAACUUGGUGUAUUCAAAACGAAAUGUAUAAUUUGACACAUAACAGUUUGCAGUGCAAAUAAAUGUACAUAUUUGUGAGAAA